AUGCUUGUAUCAUUUGGGCUGCUCCUUCUGUAUUCGAAACCAUAUUUUGCUUGGGGAUGGAAUCCCCCCUUUCAAGCCCCUAAGCUCCUUGUCAUCCUCUUCUUCGUUUCCAACUUAUUCUUGGUGACGAUCCCUUUCUUUCCGCCGAUGCCUGACUCAAAAACAUAUACACAACUUCCGUAUUGGUCGCAUUCGGCUGGAGGUCUUGCCCUCUCAUUGCUCGGUUUUAGUUAUUGGUAUGUUUGGGGCAUAUGGCUUCCAAAACGGAAAGGCUACCGCCUGGAGCGUAAGUGGGCUCUCCAGGACGAUGGGGUAUCUCGAUAUAUUUUCCAUAAAAUCCCCGCAUCGACGCAGUAG